UCUAACAGCCAAGAUGGCGGCCACAAUGCUGAGGGCGUUUAAUAAACUAGGACGUCCUUCAACAAAAAUAUUAUUAAACGGUAACUUGGUGAGCCCUGGCUGUACGGCCCUGCAGAACAGGCAGAAGCAUAGACAAUGGCAGCCAGAUGCGGAGUUUAACGAGCCAUAUACGUGGGGUAUGCUGUACCCCGACAACGAAACUGAGAAAUGGAGAAGAGCCCCAUGGAAUGACAAAGAUCCUCCUGCACAGAAGGAUGUGUCCAACCUGACGAUUAACUUUGGCCCUCAGCAUCCAGCAGCUCACGGUGUGCUGCGUCUUGUGUUGGAACUCAGCGGAGAGUCUGUCAAGAAGUGUGACCCACACAUUGGCCUGCUUCAUCGUGGCACUGAAAAGCUAAUUGAGUACAAGACCUACCUGCAGGCUCUGCCCUACUUUGACCGUCUGGACUAUGUUUCCAUGAUGUGUAAUGAGGAGGCCUACUCAUUGGCUGUGGAGAAGCUGCUCAACAUCCAAGCUCCACCCCGUGCACAGUGGAUCAGAGUGCUGUAUGGAGAGAUGACUCGCAUCCUGAACCACAUCAUGGCGAUUACAACACACGCCCUUGACAUCGGUGCCAUGACACCCUUCUUUUGGAUGUUUGAGGAGAGAGAGAAGAUGUUUGAGUUUUACGAGCGGGUGUCUGGAGCCAGGAUGCACGCUGCAUACAUCAGACCUGGCGGUGUUCAUCAGGAUAUGCCCCUCGGUCUGAUGGAUGACAUCUAUGAGUGGUGCAAGAACUUCUCCAUUCGGAUUGAUGAAGUAGAAGAGAUGCUGACCAGCAAUCGUAUCUGGAAGAACCGUACUGUUGACAUCGGAUUGAUCACUGCCGAGGAGGCUCUCAACUAUGGUUUCAGUGGAGUGAUGCUGCGCGGGUCAGGAAUCAAGUGGGACCUGAGGAAGUCUCAGCCGUAUGACAAGUAUGACGAAGUGGAGUUUGACGUUCCCAUUGGAAGCAACGGAGACUGCUACGACAGGUAUCUGUGCAGGGUGGAGGAGAUGAGGCAGUCCCUGAGGAUCAUGCACCAGGCGCUCAACAAGAUGCCAGAAGGAGAAAUCAAGGUGGACGAUGCCAAAGUGGCCCCACCCAAGAGGUCUGAGAUGAAGAUGUCCAUGGAGUCUCUGAUCCACCACUUUAAACUGUACACAGAGGGCUACCAGGUCCCCCCAGGGGCCACAUACACAGCUGUAGAGGCACCCAAGGGAGAGUUCGGUGUUUAUUUGGUGUCAGACGGCUCCAGCAGACCCUAUCGCUGCAAGAUCAAAGCUCCCGGAUUCGCUCACUUGGCUGGUCUGGAUAAAAUGGCCCAAGGACACAUGCUGGCCGACGUGGUGGCCAUUAUUGGUACACAGGAUAUCGUGUUCGGCGAGGUUGACCGUUGAUGUGAAUUGCCGCUGUACAGUGUUGGUUCUCUAAAGAGGAGGAUUCAGUCUUUCAUUCUCACAUCUGAGCUUCUCUUCCUGUUCUCUAUCCACUGUAGUGUUGUUUUGACAGCAUAUAAUCACAGAUGUACAAUGUCCAAAUACACCUAAUAAAUACUUUAUGACCAAAACA